UUUAAACUUUGUGGGAAAUUGGGAAGCGGCGAUGUUUUUGCGGUUUUUUUGUUAUUUCUUCCAGUGAAUUACAAUAUUAAUAUAUUAUGUUAAAUAGUCAAUAAUUAGCGAGUAAGGCUUAAAAAAACUUAGCUUAUAAAAAUAAAUAUAUUCUAUAAGUGGCCUCAUGUUGAAGACAUAAACAAGAAUAAAUUCAUAAUUAAUCAAAAUGGAUAAAUGGAAACUAAUUCGCCAACACUUCGGAAGUGAAGAAUACGAAAUUAAUGAUGAAAAAGAUGUGACUUUAGGACGAGGCAUAAAUAAUACUAUAACUAUUUCAAGCAUAGUUAUAUCAAGAAACCACUGUGUUUUUAAAUUGAAGGAUAAUGAAGUAACAGUAACAGAUUUGAAGAGUUCAAAUGGCAUAUAUGUAGGCUUAAAAAGAAUUCCUCCAAAUAUUCCUUAUCCAUUGAGUGAAAAUGAUAUAAUUGGACUUGGUUGGACAGUUGGCGCUGCACUUUCUGCUAUUGAUGAUAAUGAGAAAUAUGUAUUUAAACUUGUUAAAGAAAAGGCCAAUAUACCCAUUAAAAAUAGAAUUCAAUUUCAAAAUGAAGAUGAAAUUACUGAAUCAAAAUCAUCAUUGAAAAGAAAGCUGAGCUUAUCCCUAGACAGAAUAAAGAAGGAAAAAAAUGAUGAUAAAAAUGAAUUUAUUUGUGUAUUGUCUGAUAGUGAUAGUGAAGAAAACAAAAUAAAUGCUCAAUCUGAUAUGAAAAAAGUAAAAUUAGAGCAAGAACAUUCAGAUAAUAUAAAAACUGAAAAUGAUGAAUUACAAUAUGAUGCAUUUACAAUAAAACAAGAAUAUUUAGGUCAUGAUGAUGAUGAACCAAUUCAAAUUGAUAGUGACAGUGACACUGAAUCACAGCAUUGGUAUUUAAGACUCUCCCAGAGUUCACCGGGAAAACCAUUUAUAAAAAUACCUACUGAAAAACCAAGAGAAAGUUCACAAGAAAAUUCCUACAGUCAAUGGGAUGAUGGUUUACCAAUGGAAGACGAUGAAGACAUCUAUUUACAUGACUUGAUCACAAUUCCUCCUGAACCUCCUAAAAGUGAUGAGAACAUUGUAAAUCAACAGCAUGCUGAUAAAGAAGAAGUAAAUACUAACUCACUAAGUAAUAAUCUAGAUGUAGUUGAAAAAAUUCCUCCACAUCUGGUUGCCAACAACAAAGUUGAUGGCAUUCUAAGUAAUGAUAUCAUCCCAAAUUUAGCAAGUUCAAAAAUAACCAGUAUUGCACAAAAUGAAGCAACAAGCACAAAGGCAGCACAAUUAAUUGACCCACUUUGUAAGCCAAGUAGAAGAAAAUCAAAAGCCAAUCAAGAUUUCGAAAUCAAACAUAAAAGUAAACAUGAUAAGGAUAGUAAAACUACACAGAAAUCCAAUAAAUCAACAUCAAAACGGAGUAUAAGUAAUUCACAGAAAGAAGAGCGUAAAAGGAAAUUAAAAGAAAUUGCAAACAAGGAAAAAGAAACCGGAGAUUCAGAAAACAGUUCAAACAACACUCAUAAAGCAGUAGUAAACAUUAAAAUAACUAAUUCUAACCGGGGCGCAUUUUUAAGUAAUGUUGUACAUGCUACUAUUAAACCAAUGAAAAAGAAGAGUGCAGAUAAGACAGAAGAAACAAAUAAAUCUGUUAAAAAAUCAUUGGAUAAAAUUAGUAUUCCUCCUGAACAGAAAGAAAAACAACAUAAAGAUGAAACAAAAGUGGUCAAAGCAAAGAGCAAAAGAAAAAGUAGAUCUGACAGUUCAAAAAGUAAAAAUGAUAAUAAAACUCAAACAAAAACUCCUGCACCAAUAAAAACUAUUAGGCCUUUAAUGGAAAUUGACCCUUUUAGUUUUUCUGGAAAGCCAGUAUCAAAAGUGGAGCCAUUGCCAACUAAUAAAACUAAAAAGAAAGUCAGAUUUUCAGAUGUAGAACCAGAGGUUCAUGUCUUCGAAAUUGAACCAGGGAAUAGAAUGAAAGAAAUUAAAUCAAUUAAAACAUCCUUGGUAGAUGCAAGACAGAUGCCAAUUUUCUCAUUAGAAAAACUAACUUUAAUGAAAAUUCUAAGGUGGAACCCACACUGGCUCGAUGAACAAACAACUAACAAUGAACCACCACCUAUACUGGGACAUAAUAACACACCUAUGGCAAUAUUUCAUUCUUUUAAUAGUCACAAACAAUAUAUACAGUUAGUUGGAGAUUUAUUACUAAUGGAAAUAUGGGAAUGUUUAACACAAGGACACAUGAGAACAAGAAAUCAAACUAAGCUGCUACAAAUGAGAAUUGAAAACCUACCACCCGUACCUCCACUUGAGAGAUCUUUUGAACUUUUUAACCUCAGUGUAAACAUUUCCAUGCCAACAACUGACACAAAGAGUGCACCCAGGGUAGGUGAUGUAUUAAGGGUGGAAUUUGGACCAGAACAAGCUAAAAAUUUUAGAUUUUUCUUUGUACAUAAUGUAAGAACAUUACCUGCUCCACCAAAUAAUAAGAAUACAUUCUUCAGUAUAUCCCUUUAUACAACAUUUACGGAAAGAAUGAAAUUUUUAAAACCAGGUGAACUGUUGCUUGGCCGAAUCCUUGCUUAUAUAAAUAAGGAGCUAAUGUUGUUUGAAGCCAUGGAGUAUUUAUCCGGAUCUCCACUGAGUGAGGCCAUCUUGAAACCUGAACCUCAACAUUUUAUGAGAUAUCAAAAUAAUCCAGCAAUAAGCAUGAAUUCUGAGUGGAUAGCAUCUUUGAAUGAAAGUCAGAAACGAGCAGUGGUAGCCUCCGUAAGUGCGGCGCUCGGUGACAAGCCGAGCAUACAAAUGGUACAAGGGCCUCCAGGCACAGGAAAAUCAAGAGUUAUUUGUUCAAUGGUAAUGUCAUAUUUCUAUGACGCAAACGGCAAGAGACAACAAAACCGAGGGAAAAUAUUAAUUUGCGCAACAAGUAACGCCGCGGUCGACGAGCUUGUUAUUAGAUUACUGAAUAUACGACAGAGCUUGCCGAAACAGGAGCGUUUCCGCAUGGUGCGCGUGGGUCGCGUGGAGGCGAUGCACAGCCGCGCGCGUGACGUCAGCUCGCAGCAGCUCGCGCACCGCGACGCGGCCCGCCUCAACGCGGAGCCCGCGCACGCGGCGCUCGCUGAGGAGAUUUCACACUUAGAAGCAAAAAUAAAUAUGUGGAGAACUGCUGAAAGGGAAGCAAAGGAUCCAGUUCGAGUAGCGUACUGCCAAGGACGGGUUGCCAACAUUGUAAAUAGGAUAAAUUUGAUUAGAAAUAAUGGCGGUGGAUCUGGAGAAGAAUUACGACCGGAUAGGCUGAUAGCAGCUGAGAGGAGAAUUAUCGAUUGUGCAGAUAUUAUCGCGACUACGCUGUCCAGUGCGCAGAACAAUAAAAUGAGAGGCGUGCGCGGUCGCAUCGCGCUGUGCGUGGUGGACGAGGCGGGGCAGGCGAUCGAGCCGGAGACGCUGGCGCCGCUCACGCUGCACGCCACGCGCCUCACGCUCGUCGGCGACCCGCAGCAGCUGCCCGGCUUCAUCUGCUCGCAGCGCGCCAAAAAGCACGGUCUGGGCGAGAGUCUAUUCGCGCGUCUCACAUCAUGCGCAGAGCACUGGAACACGAACCCGGUGGUGUUGCUGAACCAGCAGUACCGCAUGCACCCGGACAUAGCGGAUUACCCCAACCGCGCGUUCUACGACCGGCGCAUACUGAGCGUGCCGCGACCGCCUGUGGACUGGAACGUACCGCCCUACAUGAUCGUCGGUAUUAGUAGCGGGGAUAAAGGACAAGGCUCAUCAGGUGCAAAUGAAAUGGAAGCGGUGGGCGUGUCCCGUCUGGCGGCGGCGCUGAGCGUGCUGACUCGCGCACGCAGUCUAUCGCUCGCUGUCAUCACGCCGUAUGCCGCACAUCGGGAUCUUAUCAAGAAAUUCAUGAGGCAACUUGACGCAUCGGAGUGCGCGGAGGUGAACACGGUGGACAGUUUCCAAGGGCAGGAGCGGGACGUGGUGGUGGUGUCGCUGGCGCGCUCGCACGGGCUCGGCUUCCUGGCGGACGCGGGCCGCAUGAACGUGCUGCUCACGCGCGCACGGCACGCGCUGCUCGUCUGCCUCAACCCGCUCGCUGUUACCAAAAACCAUCAGUGGCGAACGCUUUUAGAAGAUUCACAACAAAGAAGACUUUAUACCAAUUUGCCAAAUAAAAUGUGCCGAAUGCCGUCUUCUGGACAAAAUGAUGACGAUAUACUUCAAUACAUAUGUAAUAAAAGAAGAAAAUAAAUCUCCACGACAUAUUGAUUGUACAUAUUCGUUGAUCUCUGUUCCUUUCGCAAUUGGUCACAUUACUGACAUUUUACUUUUUAACUGUCAUGUAUUAUAAUGCCAAAUAAUUAUAAAAUCUAGUUUUUUUUUUUUAAGCUAUUGCAUAGCUUCUAUCGCGGGCCUUGAGCGCGGGGACCGAAU